CAAUUUUGGAUGGGGCUUCGAGGCCUUCUUGCCGCCGCAGUGGCGCUGCACAUGACAUGGGCGUCGCAGUGCCCCAACGACUGCAGCGGUCACGGUCUCUGUCACUUUCAAGGUGUCUGCCAGUGCUCCCAGUCGUUCAUGGGCGCCGACUGCUCGCUGCUCAAGUGUCCGAUGGCCGCAGCGUGGGCCGACUACCCCCAGUCGUUGGAGAACGCGCACAACCUCGCCGAGUGUGCCAACCGAGGCACGUGCAACCGCGCAACGGGGCUCUGCGACUGCACUCCGGGCUUCACCGGCGCUGCUUGCGACCGCAUGGCUUGCAACUGCAACGGCCGCGGCACGUGUCUCUCGAUGAGCCAGCUUGCGAUGACCAAGGAUCCAGGUCUUGGCACCAUCUACCCGUACACGACGCCGUGGGACGCCAACAAGAUCUACGGCUGUCAGUGCGAUGCCCCAUUCACGGGCUACAGCUGCACCGAGAUGCAUUGUCCCCGCGGUGACGACCCGCUCACGGGCACGACCCAAGACCUUAACGGCGUCCAGUUCAACGAAAAGCAAGUCGUCACGUGCAUGGCCACGGGCGGGUCGUUCACGCUGGCCUUCCGAGGCUUCACCACGGCGCCAAUUCUAGUGUCCGACUCGGCUGCCAACAUGCAAGCCAAACUCUUGGCACUGCCAUCUCUCCACGGUGUCGUCGUCACGUUCUCGGGUCUGACGCCCACGGCGUGUACCGUGCUCGGACAUGCCAUCGCGAUUGAGUUCACCCAAGACUUUGGCAAUCUGCCGUCGCUCGUGGGCAAUAAUGGCGCCUUGACGCUGACGACGGUCGGCGCGUCACCCCGCCUCACGGUUGUCACGACGGUGCAUGGCACAAAGGAAGAUGCGUACUGCUCCAACCGCGGUCUCUGUGACCGGUCGACGGGCACAUGCAAUUGCUUUCCCAACUAUGUCUCGAGCGACGGCUACGGCAGCGUGGGUCGCCGCGGCGACUGCGGGGCCGUCGCAUUGGCUAUUACGAAGUGUCCCGGCAAAAACUUGGCCUGCAGUGGCCACGGAGUCUGCCAAGGGCCCCCGACGUUUUCGUGCAUUUGUGCCAGCGGGUUCCAAGGCGGCGACUGCUCCGAGCAGCAAUGUCCCAUGGGGACUUCGUGGUUUGAUGUACCGGGCAGUCCAAAUGGUGCGCACCAACUCGCCGAGUGUUCGAACGCAGGCACGUGCGACCGAACGCGGGGCGUGUGCUUGUGCGACACGCGCUUCACUGGCGCCGCGUGCAAUCGGCUCGAAUGCCCCAACGACUGCAGCGGCCAUGGCACGUGCCUCACGAUGCAAAACCUCGCGCCACUCACAAAACUCAACGGCGACCCGCGACCGGCGUUUACCUACGGAAGCGUUCCGAACAACAACCCGACGUGGGACUCCAACCAAGUGCAAGGCUGCGCCUGCAACCCUGGCUACGAAGGGUUUGACUGCUCAAAAUUGUCGUGUCCCACGGGCGACGACCCGCUGACGUAUUACGACAAGAAUGGCAUGGUCCAAGUCAACACCGUCCAGACGAUUGUGUGCACAGCAACGACGGGCACGUUUACAUUGGGCUUUCGUGGCGACUUUACCGCGCCGCUACCCUUUACGAUCACCAGUGCAACACUCGCGAGCAUCCUCAACCUCCUCCCCGCUUUUGGCCAGGUUUUCUUAUCGCAUCUUUCUUAUUCCAAUGUUGAACGAGCGCAGGUGCUCGUCUCGUACUCGGCGGGCGCCGCGGCGUGCACGAGCAACGGCGCGAAUGUGAUCUCGAUCUCGUUCCUCUCUGUGUUUGGAGCACUUCCGCCGGUACGCUACACGACGUACGGCGUGACGUCGAUUGCAGUCUACAACGAUGGUACGAUGGGGUCGGUUGUCGGCACCAAAGAAGACGCCCUGUGCUCCAACCGCGGGCUCUGCGACUAUACCAAAGGCCACUGCGUGUGUGCGACGGGCUUUACAAGCAGCGACGGCUACGGCCACGCGGGGACGCGCGGUGACUGCGGCUACAUGGAGCCUGUGUACCUCAACUCGGCGGGCGAGUACGCCAACGCCGAUUGAAUGGGCUAAACCAAUAUGACACGAAUGCAUGAUGAGA